ACGCAGAGAACGUGAAAACAUAAAUGGCUAGAAAACUGGACAGGAUUCUCGAUCGCCGUGAUCUGACAAAAGAGCGGAUGCUACGGAUACGCGACAAUUUGAAGCAGGAUGACUUCAAUAUUCAUAGGCUCAAGCUACAACUGGAUACGCUUCGUCAGUGUUACGAUGAAUUGCAGAUAACGUACGUCGAAAUAUGUGACCUUGUUCCGCGAGAACAUCGAGACGAACACAAACAAAAUCACUUUCGCUGUGAGGACCUGCACAAUCAACUGUUUGUGUUCAUUCAAACGGAAAUCGCACAGUGGAAUGCGGCGGAAAAAGAAAAACAUCAAGUAUGCAUGAAUACGUUGGCUAGAGAUUUCGUACCACAGCAACCAGUGAACAGCUCGGAGCCACAGCUAACAUUCGAUGGCAACCCUGAACAUUGGUAUUAUUUCAAGUGUCAGUUCAAAACCUCAAUGAACAGGUUCGCACACGUAUCUCCGAUCAUCAAAUUAUACCACUUGAAUAGUUCGCUGGUUGGAAGUGCUGCCGGUAUAAUUGAUAAAGACAUAAUCAACAACAACGACUAUGCAGCAGCGUGGAAGAUGCUUGAGGAAACCUACGGAAACGAGCGACUUAUCAUCAAUACCCAUGUAGACGCUCUACUCUCGUUGCCCAAGAUGACGAGCGAGAACGGCACCGAAUUACGUGUCUUGAUCGAUACUUGUAUCAAACACGUCGACGUACUGCGGAACCGAUCAUUCCCCGUUGUAGGACUGUCCGAGAUGAUUCUGGUCAAUGUGGUGGCAAAACGUUUGGACAAGAAAACCAGGCAACUAUGGGAGUCGCAUAUACCGGCUGAUGUGUUGCCUUCGUACGCCGAUAUGAUCGACUUCCUUCAAGACCGAUGUAACAUACUGCAGAAGACAAAUAGUUACCCCGAACAAUGUCCAUCGGCUCAAACGGAGCAAAGCGGAAAGCCGAAUGAACAAUCAACACUGGCCCAACCGGAUCCAAAUAAUCAAUUGGAAGAAAUUCCAGAAUCGGAAACGGUAGCUAACUCGGAGGUAGGAAAACAUCUGGAUGCAGAAGACCAGUCUAUUAGUGCAGAGAACUCUCGGUUUCAGAGGUACUGAAAACAAUCACAGCAAAACAAGGAAGCCAGGGAGCAAAGCCUCAAGAACCACAUACAGUUGCGAAACCAUCAGAGAUUGGGACUGUAGAUGAAUAUCAGGGCGAUCCAGCUGAAGGCCAUUGGUUCCACAAAAUAAAACAAAUCCAAAAAGAGCAACAGACAAAUUCUAAGAAUGCAGCCAUGGGAGAGACAUUGAAGAGGAAUGCUGUUAUACCGUUGUCGCCUUCUAAUCCCGAGAAGCGCUGCUUUCACUACAGGAUAAAGAAAUUCAAAGGUAAUGAAUCUGUAGUGGUAGCUAUGGACGCGCAGUAUUUGCGCAUAAACUCAUCAAAACUACUUCCGAACUAUCUUUCGUACAUCGGAAAAUUACAUCAUUAUGAGGAUUUCGACUUGACUGGGGCAACAAUUGUGGGUAAACCAAUGUAACAGCUAUUGAAAUACGACUCUCUUGGUUAACGGCUACGCAGUUUUGAGAUUCAAAAAACCCGGAUUAAUCCACCUAGUGGUGAUAGUGCGUUUCUCGUCGAAUAUGUACUCAUGAUCUUUCCGUCGACGCAAUCAAUCUUGCCUUAGAGUCAGUGAUCAGUCCCAAAUCUCUGUACUUUAGUAACGGACGAGAAGGAGGAAGUGCUAAUAACAGCGAUUUGGGACUGUACCACCUACGAAUUUCUGAAUCAUGAGAAUACUUUAUUUAGAAAAUCAAAAAUUUUAUCAAGGUCAUCAUCGAAUAUCAUCGUUGAAUAUUCAACGUAUGGGCAGAGCUGAAAGUAUCAGUCCUUUCGGAUGGAUUUGACACUCUCAUUCUUGAAAAUCAAACGAUUUAUUUAAUUCUGCCCGACGUUUCGGCCAUGGGAUGUGGCCUUUUUCAAGGGAAAAACUAUAUUUUGAAAAAAAAGGGGGGUUUGGUUGGUCAUAACAUCACUUAAAAAGUUCUUAAACUAGUCUCACUUGGUCUAUCGUUUUUGUCCUAAAUUAUCUGGUUUUGUGGUUGUCGGUUGGUCAUGAUCUGGGCUUCUUAGGGUUAAAUUAAAUUAGUGGUCAACAUACAUAAACUUUUACUAUUUCAGCCUAUUUUUGAGGUGAUUUUGUGGGAACUUUUUUCAUUAACUUUUCACAGUACUACUUGAUCCACCAACGACUGUUUCAAAAUGGUGAAAUUGAUUGAGCUUUAGUCUAGUUCUUAACCCUAUGUGUUGCUAUUUUCAUCGUUUUGUCUACAUAGAUCGUCUACUUUUAACAUUUCUGAUGGUGUGUAGUAUUCCAGCAUAAGUGGUAUUGAGGUUGUCUACGUCAGUUCUAUAGUUUACCGUGUUAGUCUGAUUUGCAAUGUGACACACCUCGAAUAUCGGGAGAGCUUGCUCCGUGUUUGAUCUAGGAUGGUUGUUUUGGUUAGGUCGAAUUCAUGAUCAUGGUCAAUACAUAGUUUGUUUGAUAAGUGCAGUCAUUUCCUCAAGCCUACCUAUCUCUUCGUUUGCAUAUGUUGUGUUUAAGAACUUUUUAAGUGAUAUUGUGACCAAACAAACCCCCCUUUUUUCAAAAUAUAGUUUUUUCCUUGAAAAAGGCCACAUCCCAUGGCCGAAACGUCGGACAGAAUAAAAUAAAUCGUUUGAUUUUCAAGAUUGAGAGUGCCAAAUUAAUCCGAUCAACAUAAUUGCAGUCGUUUGCCAAGAACAAAUAUCAGUCCUUUCAGUUGGUCACCUGGAGGUGGUCAUCACUGGAGGCUGAUUCAUACGAAGACGACAAUUACUAGCCAGGAUUAAACUUUUUUCACAGAUAACUUUGACAAAGUUUUAUCUGCACACUUUAUUCUAUAUAUUUACUUUUUAUUUAUGUCCACUUCCAGUGGGAGACCCUUAACCGGUUCCGGAAAAUUUACAUGGUUCAUUUUUACAUUUGACCAAUUCCGGCGGGACACCUGAAACCGGUUUGGAACACUACCGGUGGUCUCUAACGUAAUCUGAGCUGAUUUUCUUGAAAACCGUUCAUCAGCUUAUCCAAAAAAAAAACGCGAUUUGAUGAAACGCAUGCAUGGAGUUCGGUUCCCUUCUACAUUUGACCACAUCCGGAGGGACACCGAGAACCGAUUCCGGGACACUACUAGUUUUCCCAGGCAUGAUCUGAGAUAUUUUUUCUUGGUAACCUUUCAUCAGGAUACCUAAAAAGCCAUUUGAUGUGUCGUGAAUAUAUCGACACUGGUUUUUCAUUUGGGCCUAACUGACAUUUUCGAGUUCUCUUCCUCGAUCCUCUCUUUGUGUUGUCACAGAAUGUGCAUUGAGUUUUCCAAAGAUUUUUUGAUUGAAAUGCGAAGAAGACGACUACAUGUUGCUAUAGAAACAAAAAGAAUAAUGAUUUUGUUUGUUUUGAUCAAGUUAUUAGCGAAAGAGAGAGUCGACGAAGAGAAAUCGAUCAAGUCGGUUAGGCCCUUAUGAAAAAUCAUUGUCGAUAUUUUGGUUCUCUUUUACAUUCGGCCACUUUCAGCGAGACACCUCGAGCCGAUUCCGGAACACUAUCAGUAGUUUCUAGUGUGGGCUUAGCUUAUUUUCAUGCUGAUCGUACAAGUUAUCGAAAAGGCCACGAUUUGAGGUGUCGCAUGUAUGAAUUAGGCCACUUCCGGCGGGACACCAGGAAUCGGCUCCGGGAUGCUACCGGUUCAGAUAUGGUCUGAGACUAUUUUCCUGUUUACCAUUCAUCAGCCCUCAGAAAAAGCGGCGAUUUGAUGUAUCGCAAGCAUGGGUUUGUUUCACUUUUAUAUUUGGCUACUUCCAGCGGGACACCCGGAACCGGUUCCGGUAUGCUACCGGUUUAGAUAUGGCCUGAGAUUAUUUUCCUGUCUACCGUUCAUCAGGUUAUACAAAAAGCUACGAUUUGAUGUGUCGCAUGCAUGGGUUUGUUUCACUUUUAUAUUUGGCCACUUCCGGCGGGACACCCGGAACCGGUUCCAGAGUAAUACCGAUUCAGAUAUAGUCUGCGACUAUUUUCCUGCUUACUGUUCAUCAGAUAAUCAAAAAUGCCGUGGUUUGAUGGGUCGCAUGCAUGGGUUUGUUGCAAUUUCAUAUCUGGCCCCUUCCUGGGGUACCGGUCCGGAACACCUAAAUGGCCAUAAUUCCGGAACGGCUGGACCGAUCGAAACCAUUUUCAAUAGGAAACAAUGGGACAAUAUUCCGCGUCGAUUGAAACCAAAAGCGUUGAAAUCGGAUGAUAUUUACUAUUCAAAAGUGAGGUGACAUUUUUGUACACAUACACACAUACACACGCACAUACAUACACACACCCAGACAUCAUCUCAACUCGUCGAGCUAAGUCGAUUGGUAUAUAAGACUUGGUCCUCCGGGGGUUCUAUCAAGAUUUCAUUUUUGGAGCGAACAUAUAGCCUUUCGGUACACUUUGGUGUGCGAGAAAGGCAAAACGUGUUGUUUUAUUAACCCGACGUUUCGACACGGGAUAGUGUCUUCCUCAGGGGGGAAAUAAUUACUAUCGUUUUAUGUCAAUUGUUUUGUCUAGCUGUUACUGUCCCAUUUUGUGUCGUUUUUGGUACAUGACUUCGGAAUCACUCUUAAACUAAAAGUGAUUCCGAAUUUAUGUAGCAAAAACCACGCCAUUGACACGCCUAUACCUAUGGCACGGCGUGACAGUAGAGACAUUAGGGGCCCAAUUUCGUUUGAUCAGCACAUUUUGGGGCCGUUUGAACAAAAGAGAUGUUGACAACAAUGCCUGUCAGUGGAUUGCCAAAACGACACAAAAGGGACAGUUACAGUUAGACAAAACAAUUGCCAAAAAACGAUAGUAAUUAUUUACCCCCUGAGGAAGACACUAUCCCCGUGUCGAAACGUCGGGUUUAUUAAACAACACGUUUUUUAAAUCCCAAGACUGCGUUACCAUUAACCAAGAGAACCACAUUACAUUAAAAAUGUUUUCAAUGAAUGUAGCCAAAAGUACGAAUAAUGCAAUUUCGUGCGUCAUGGCGGCUACCGGAGUUAAAACAGCAUCGUUCUUUGAAGGUUCUUCUAAAUGACGAUGGUAAUCUUCGCAAACCUAGCAUAACAAUGAUGUUGAAACUUUAACUUUACACAGUGCAGCUUUUAUAAGCGCAUCACCGAUUUCCAAUACCUCGCAUGACAGAAAUGUCAAAUGUUUUAAUAAAUCAUAUUAACUUUGAGUUUCGUAAAAUAUAACAAUCCUAUCGGCAACCAUCAUGUUACUUUCAUUAAAUUUGGAAUAAAGACGUUUAAGCAUGGAAAUUCUUAUAGGUGCAUUUUUAUUUUCAUUUCAUUAAGUAUCAGUGUGACAUUCUACUGGCCACGAUCUUCAGCAACCUCAGCGUCUUCCGAAAAACCCGCAACCAAUGUCCGACUCGUGUAUCCGCAACGGCGUAGCCAGCUUUUUCUUUUUCUCCUUCACUCGCCUGAAAAAAAAACACGAGAAAGAGCGGGAUGAAACCAGGGGCGAAUGCCCCCUCUCUCCCUCCUUCUCCACUUUUCACUA